GCGGAAACGGAGGCUCUAUAAGAAUACCGGCUACGAGAGCGACGCUUCAGGAAUUUUAAAUCAUUUUCACUUGAGUGUUCAACCGUUACACCGACGACGGUUUUUUAUUUAAAUUUCCGUUAUUCGUUUCUCCGGUGCUUCGUCGGAUAUUUUAUUCACAUCUGCCGCUUUAGAAACACUGAAAUUUCCGUUCUGCACUGUUCAAGGACCAAAGCAGCGACUUGAAUCAUGUUUCCCGAGAGCAACACUGGGUACAGUUUCGAGGAUUGCCAGGCCACCGCUGAUUGGCUCCUGUCCCAGACUGCAGUGCGCCCUCUGGUGGGCAUCGUGUGUGGUUCGGGUUUGGGUGGAUUGGCUGAUGCUCUGAAAGACCAGGUGGCCUUCAACUACCGGGACAUUCCUAACUUUCCCCAGAGUACAGUUCACGGUCAUGCGGGUCGGCUGGUGUUUGGCACUUUAAAGGGCAGGCCGUGUGUCUGCAUGCAGGGACGCUUUCAUCUCUAUGAAGGAUAUCCCAUCCAGAAGAUUACGAUGCCGAUGCGGAUUUUCAAGAUGCUGGGUGUGGAGACGGUGAUUCUUACCAACGCUGCUGGCGGUCUGAACCAGGACUAUAAAGUAGGAGACAUCAUGAUCAUCAAAGACCACCUCAACAUGCCCGGAUUCGCUGGAAACAACCCUCUGGCGGGACACAACGACGAAAGGUUUGGAGUGCGUUUCCCCUGCAUGUCUGACGCGUAUGAUCGAGAGCUGCAGCAGAUGGCUCUGGAUGUGGGAUCAGAGCUGGGCUUCAGUGAUUUCCUGCGGGAGGGGGUUUACUGUGUUCUUGGAGGACCGUCAUUCGAGACCAUCGCUGAGUGCCGCAUGCUGCACAAACUGGGUGCUGACGCUGUCGGCAUGAGCACAGUUCAUGAGGUGAUCGUAGCCCGUCACUGCGGGAUGCGCGUCUUCGCUCUGUCUUUGAUAACCAAUAAAGCAGUUAUGGAUUACGACAGCGAGGAAAAAGCCAACCAUGAGGAGGUCCUGCAGACGGGCAAACAGCGAGCGGAGCAGCUGGAGAGACUGGUGUCUACUAUUAUUACCCGGCUGGAGCACAACAACAACUACGCCUAAAACCGCUCAGGGCGGAAAAUACCUGCUGCUCAACUGCCAUUAUUAUGACGCACUGUUGGAGAAACUAGCAAGAUUGUCCUAGAAGGGAUACAGCUGCGGCCAGAAGUUAACAAUAAUUAUUAAUAUUAUUUAUUAAAUUACCUAUUAAAUUGUAUUUUAUUAACAUCUACCCCAAGACUAGUCAACUCUUACUCUAAUGUAAAAAAUAUUGUUGUACAGUGUCAUAAAAAUGAAGCUAUAUCGAUGUGCAUCCACAGCUGUAUCCCUUCCAGACAUCAUGUUUCUUUCUCAAACAGUGUUGCACAUCAGAUCCAACAUUAAUCACAGACCAAAGAACAUACAGAACUCAUCUGUGAACACAAAACAAAUGGUUGUUGUUUCAGAAACCAUGUUUUACAGGUCAAUUCCAUUCAGCUGAUGUUUAUUUAUGUUUAUUGAAUCUUCUUUUACAGCGCAAUUCUGUCAGGGUGCGAAUUAUACAUGGACAACUGUUCAAUGGGGCCAAAUUGUUUGGUUAUAUUAGUUUGUUAAAUACAUGUUUCAUUAAAUCAGAUGCAUGUAUUUAUUUAAAUUACAAAUAGACCAUUUUGAGGGAUGUAAACAAAAACAACCGUCCCAACAUAUUUCCUGUUUUACAUUUUCCAUUUUUACAGCUUCCGAUAAUCCAAAUGUUGCCACAUAUUGAUAAAUAAUGUUUUGAUAACUGUUUUAACAUUAUUUCAAUUCAAUCAUAAUAAUUCAAUCAUAACAUAAUGUUAUAAUAGCUGUUUUAACGUUAUGAUUGAAUUAUUAUUGAAUUUAAUUGAAAUAAUGUUAUAAUAGCUGUUUUAACAUUAUGAUUGAAUUAUUAUUGAAUUUAAUUGAAAUAAUAUUAUAAUAGCUGUUUUAACAUUAUGGUUGAAUUGAAAUAAUGUUAUGAUAACAAUAAGUUAUGAUUGAAUUGUCUCUUGUUGCAGUUAUGAAUUAGUUUGAUGACUACAUUGAAAUGGUCUAUAUUUUAAUAAGUCGUGAUUAAUUUUUUGUUUUGAGGGUUAUUUAGCGUUCAGUAACCUCAUUUCAGAGGUCAAACUAUACAAAUUAUUUUUAAUUUAACUUUAUUUAAGGUUAUAUGUUGAUACAAACACCUAUUUUACGAGAAAAGUGUCUUCUGAAUACUCACGAUGUCCGUUGGUGCUCUUCAUCUGCCGGUGUCAGACGGUUGAAAUGGCGCGAUUAUGAAUGGUAUGACCCGUUAUAGGGGUGUUCAAAUGUAUAUUUAUAUUAUCUAUUAUUUUAAUUAUUAAUAUCAUUAUUAAAAGAGACGCAUGAGAGAUAACUAAUGCUUACUAUUAAAGGUCUGACUCCUGUACAUUGUUUUGACGUCCUUUAGAGGGGGCUCAUGAGUUAUUCAGGAAAGUCCGUUCCUUAAAACCACCCCUGUGAUUCGCACCCUGAAUAGUUUCAGUCUUCAUUGGUGUUCGGUCUGGUUAAUAUUUAGCUCUUAUGUAUAUAGACUCGGUCAACAGGAUAGUGCUUAUGUUUUGUUUUUCAUUUAAAAGUAAUAAUAAUAAUUGUUACAUUCCUUUGAAUGCUAAUGUUUCUUAUUUCUAACUUGACGUUUACAAUUUUGCAGGUGUUUUAAUUCUAAGAGAUUGAAUCGUCUGUAAAGCUUCAAAUUCUUUGUAGUGUUUGUCUGAAGAUGUACAGUAAAAUAUCAUCUUUUUUAACAUUAUUAGUAUAAUUGGCUAUUUAUUAUUUAUGUCUCCAUCUCGUUUAUGGUGUGAGUUUUGUGUACAACACAUUUUUGGGUGAACUAUUUGUCAAAAAAUGCUUGUCAUAUUUCUACAGAGCCAUUGAAAGAAAGAUGACAUGGGGAAAUACAUGAGAUGUCAGUUGAAAUUACAUCUCGGUGCUUUUUCUAAACUUUUGGAUCCCCCUACAAACUUGUCAUGCAAAAGCAUUUAAUAAAUAUAGAUUUUUUGUCACA